UUGGAGACGUCUCCAGUCCCGGCCUCGUCUUCCCACUCUUCUUCGCCCUCCUAUAUAAACAAAUUAAAUUAACCACGGAGACGGUGGAAUCUCUCAACAAACGAGAGAGAGAGAGAGAGAGAGAGAGAGGAAGCAAUGGUGGAGCGCUUGCUUGGGCUUCUAAGAGUGCGGGUGCUGAGAGGGGUGAACCUUGCCAUCCGGGACGCCUGGAGCAGCGAUCCCUAUGUCGUCCUCUUGAUGGCCAAACAGAAACUGAAGACUCGAGUAAUAAAAAAAUGCACCAAUCCAGUGUGGAAGGAAGAGUUAACUCUUUCUGUUGAAGAUCCUACUCUUCCGGUCAGGCUUGAAGUGUAUGAUAAGGACACAUUCAGCUUUGAUGAUCCCAUGGGCAAUGCAGAGUUUGACAUACAACCAUUUCUGGAGGCUGUAAAGAUGAAUCCAGUAGGUGUUCCAGAGGGCACCAUUAUAACUAAGGUGGUACCGAAUAGGCAAAAUUGCAUCGCUGAAGAGAGUCCCAUCUACUGGUCUGAUGGAAGGGUCGUCCAAGAUCUUGUCCUCAGACUCCGAAAUGUAGAAUGCGGUGAGGUUGAGCUGCAGCUGCAAUGGGUCAGCGUUCCAGGUGCGAGGGGAAUAUAAGUUUCCAUCUGCUAUUAGGAGAACUUGUAAUGCUUUGGAUGGCCUUAGCCUUAACCUCGUUAGAACGUAUCGAACAACCUUAUGUGGGAUAUCCUUUCUGGGUAUAUGUUGCCCCCCUCUUUUUUUUCUCCUUAACUUGCAUUAAACUCUUCUCUAAUUUUUCUCCUUUCUGUGA